AUGCGGCGGAAGCAAGAGCCACCCAAGUUUCAAAACAAUGCAAUUGACCCCGCCAACACCAGCACCUCGGCUCCACGUUCGAUCUUCUCCCGGAGAAGAUCCAGCACCCAAACACCAGACCAGCGUCCUCCUUCAUCAAGCGCACCAGAGUUCAAAUUCGAGGUACUACACCGUGGUGGGCCAAUUGGAUCGCGAGAUGAUGCCGUUGCAAGCGGCAAUCGGGGUAUCAAUGUGGAUAACGAAGCAAUUUCACCCACGGCUUCAGACCACAUGGACCAACAUUCCAUCGCAUUGUCUUCGGCUGAGACGCUCUCUGUCGGCCAUAUGGACCGGAGGGAGCUUCAACCUAGCUACACCGAAAAUCUAACCGAGUACCUCCCGUUUGUUUUGCGUCGACAUUUGCAUUUGGAAGUUGAAAGAAGACAACGAGAAGAGGGUUCGAGUGGAUCACCGCGGGGAGUCGAGCUGGAGCUUGAACGACCUGGCAAUGCCUACGGAGUCGAUGAUGCUGAUGCUGAUGCUGAAGAAGAAGAAGAUGAAGAAGAAGAAGAUGAUGAUGAUGAUCUUGCUACUAUAUUCAGCCAGAGUCAUUUACCCAUGGAUCAAGAAGUCAUCGAAACUCGCAAGGUCAUGAGUCAGAAAUUGACAAGUUUCAACUACAAACGACUGCUUGUGUUAAUGAAUGGCAUGUUGCUCAACCACAAAACUUACAUUUUCCCCACCCCCGAGUCCUUUGACUUGUUCAAGGAGUUGAGACUGAAAGUCAAGCAAGAGCGGAGAAACUCGGUCAUCUUGUUUGAUCGGAAAAACGGUGGAAUCAGACGUGCCUCGUCGUCGGCCAGCGUCGAUAAAAUCAAACGGGAUUUCAAGAUCCCCGAAGGAAGCGAAGAAGUCAUCGAUGACCGAAACCACAUUAUUCCCAUCGACUAUAAAAUCAAAGGGUUGGGCCUACCCUUGUUCAAAGUUAGCAGCCCCGUAAUGUCGGUGUUUCGUAAAAAUGCCCCCUUUCUAACCUUCCGCAAAUACAAGGAGAUCCCCGCGCCACCAGCACUUCAAGAGUCGCCAAGUACUCCCGAUUGCAAUGAAACCGAAGUGGAUUUCGAAACGUUUGACUUUUGUCUCGUGCAUUCGAAAUAUUUCCAAAACUUCCGAAGAUUCAUCUACGAAUUCCUACCCAACUCUCCACAUGCAUUCAAAGUCAUUUCAUUCCAAUCGAACUUUGCGCCAUUCACCGACUUUAUCUUCCAAAACACCAGGUUCCGCAUCUUGGGCACCGCCGUGAUUCCCGGCUUUGUGAGCCCCUACACCCCGCACAUGAAGCUCGUGAUUCUAGAUGAGUCGCAGCCGAGCUUAUGCGAUGCAAUAUAUAAUAAGCCACCCUCGCAAGCGUCAACUUUCCUCCACUUCAAAAAAGAGGCGCUGCCACCGGUGCGAUUCGACAUCAAUGACCCGCAAACUUUCAUCAACCCCGUGCCUUGCAAAAACAACGACUUUGCAUACAAGGGCGCAAAGAGACUUGGAGGUGCGUCAUAUAAACUUGAAAUUAUCCCAUUUGGCCUUCCGCCGUUUGGAUGCUUCAAGGAUGCGUCGUUGUAUGUCAACAGCCACAUGUUCAGCAUCCCUAAAAAAUACAAGGAAGUGGGUAAGAUUGAAGUAUAUCAGAAUCUAGAUCGCGAUGAUCUUAUUGGUGAUGAUUACGGAGGUGGUGGUGACGGUGUUUUCCCCGUUGCUUCGUCCUCGUCGGACUCGGCUCCACCUUCCAUGGCGAAGGACGUUAACAGCACCUUAUCGGUUGAUGUGGAUACGCAGGUGCUCACUUGCAUAUUGAGCACGAUGAGAGAGGUCAAUAUUAAGAAUUCAGCUAGUCUGGGCCAAAGCAAUGGUAUCAUGGGGCCUAGUUUUGCUUCGAGAGUAGGUGGCAUUGGGCCCGCGGGUGGAUUGUUCGUAGGCGUAUAG